AUGUCGCUUCCCAUAGCAGGAAACAAAAAAGUGAUGUCCACGCUUCAAGUCUUACUUACGCUUUCGGAAAACGGGAUUACGGAUUUUAAGUUUGUGGACGUGAGAUUGGGGAAGGAAACCGCUAUUGAUGAGCAUCGAUCGCCACAAGAAGAGAGUCAGAUGCAGAAGAAUGGGAGUUUCAAAUUAAGGUAA